CCAGAAAGUCUGGAAGUGCAGGAAACGGAUAGAGAGGAACCGUCAAAGGAAAAUGAUGCUUCAAAAGGCGACGGCACACACGAGCUUCACCCAAGAGCGAAAAUGGUGAACAUUCCUAAAACUAAGAACACCUACUGCAAGAACAAGGAAUGCAAGAAGCAUACCUUGCACAAGGUGACCCAGUAUAAGAAGGGUAAAGACAGUCUUGCUGCCCAGGGAAAGCGUCGUUAUUAUGGAGGUCAGACCAAGCCCGUCUUCCACAAGAAGGCUAAGACAACCAAGAAGAUUGUCCUGAGGCUGCAGUGCCAAAGCUGCAAACAUUUCUCUCAACGCCCUAUUAAGAGGUGCAAGCACUUUAAGAUCGGUGGAGACAAGAAGGGAAAGGGAAAGGGAAAGAUAUUACACUCAAAGAUAGCUUAUAUAAUCAAAAGACCAUAAAUACAUCUUGUGGCGUAAUAAUAUUUUGAUCCUAUAUUUGGUAGAUAAAAUUCUGCAACACAAAAGUCAAGUAGUUCUGUUCUGUGUAAAUAUUUCUCGCUGACAGAAUUUGCAACACUAAUAUCUGCGAUAAGUGGCAACAAUUCUACUCGAUUGUAAAA